GCCAUCGCGGACGGGUCACCAGCAUCGGCGCAGCGCCUAGUGGUCACCCAGAGCUGUCCGGUCCGAUUCCUCGACGAAUCGCGAUCCGUUAUUGCCUUUGAUAUGUCUGCUGUUCGGUCCUUUAUCACCAGAGUUGGCAUGCCCAAACUCCUUACAGUCACUCCUACAUCGUCCUUGCUGGACUCUAAAGUCGCCAUCAGAGCGACUGGAUUGGAGGCUAAUAGCCGCGUGACUAUUAGAUCUGUUUUGGAGCAAGAGACCAAAACUGGUCUGGCAAAGUAUGAGGCCCACGGCCAUUACAUCGCUGAUGAUAGAGGUGUGGUGUCAUUACCCGACCAGAUUUCGCUGGGGGGGACCUAUACUGGGACUGAAGCUAUGGGGCUGUUUUUGAGCAUACAGCCCUCAUUGGGCCAGCGUUUGGGCAAUCGCUUCGUAGUCAAAGAUAUCAGAAAUCCCAUGGUAGUGAACCUAUCAUUGUACUGUGGUCAUCUCAACAUGGAGACAUUACAAACGGCUGAGCCGGAGGCUACCGCGACAGCUCAGAAGUGGUACAUGAGCAAGGACGUGGAGAAGAUCCCGGUCCACAGUGGCAGCUUGAGGGGAUCAUUAUUUAAACCUACAGGCCCCGGCCCAUUCCCUGGGGUGAUUGAUAUGCAUGGAUCCGUGGGAGGGCUGAUAGAGAUUCGGGCGGCCAUGCUUGCAUCUCACGGCCUGGCCAGCUAUGCUCUGCCCUACUUCAACUAUGGGGACCUACCCUCUCACAUGUGGAACCUGGAGCUGGAAUAUUUUAAGGAAGCUGUCGAUUGGAUGGCUGACCAGCCCUUCGUAAGGCCAGAAGGUAUUGGAAUGGUCGGUAUAUCUACAGGGGGGCAAAAUGCCCUGGCAACUGUCUCACAUUUUCCUGAAAAGGUGAAGGCGGUGGUCAGCAUCAGCGGUUGCCACGUUCAAAAUAUAUUCCCCAUGACCCUGAAAGGACAGCCGCUGCCAUUCGUUGAGUUUGACAGUGCUGGAAUUGAACCCUCAGAGAAAAUAGACGGUGCCAAAGAAACGUUUGAUUCCUACAAAGGUAUCUAUGAUGUCAAAGAAAAUGAUGAUUCCGUAUUCAAGCUUGAAAAUGCUCCCAAUUGCCAUUUCCUUUUCAUCUGUGGAGAAGAUGAUGCAGUGUGGGACAGCUGCCACUAUGCACAGGAGGCCAUGCACAGACUAGCGAGACACGGCUGCCACAAUUAUCAGCUGCUGAGCUACCCAAACACUGGCCACCUGAUGGACGUCCCAUACAUUCCUGCCAGCACAGUGGCCUAUUCACCAUUUAUAAGAUGUCCUCUCAACCAAGGAGGUACGGUGGUGGGUACAGCCAAGGCCACGGAGGAUUACUGGCCCAAGAUCAUUAGGUUCCUGCAUGCCCACUGUGGCCGUGGCAACUAUGGAUCUAAACUGUGAGGAACAGCAAACGAGGAUGCAUCCACGCAUAUGCCCAGCAUGCCCACGGGUUUUGGCCUGGGGCCCAUUUCAUAGAGCCCCUCAUAAAAGGAGGGAAAUGUUUCUUUAAACAAAGAAAAUAUUUGUAAUUGCUUGUCAAUAAAGAGGGUCAUCAGUUAGAACACCACACAGUUUUUAUCACCCAGACUGGUUUUCUGGCAAUAUUGGCUCAGCAAAAUUUUGUGUAGGAGCAAUUUCUCUUUAGAUGAUUUAUGAAACUGGGCCCUGAAAUGCCUAAAUUUGGUCAAACUUUGCAAGCAUGUACCUGUCAGACACUCAUUAUUGCUACAAAUUUUCCUAUGAAGGUUAUGUCCUAUGAAAGAUACCGGUUGACUCGAAGCCUUGAAACGAAUGUAAAUAAUCAGUUAAUAAUGAAACAAGGCUUAAUCUGAAUAUUCGCUUUCUGAUUCAUUGACUUAAUAAUCUGGGGUAGAGUGUCUUUUUCCCUGGCUUCAGAACUAGCCUUUCACUUAGACAAGAAAAAGGAAAGAUUGCUAUGGCCUGUGCUCUGAAAACCGACCAAAUAAAUCAACCCUACUCCGUAAAAACAUUAGAAAGUCCUUCCAGUUGGUCACUCUCAUCUGAAAAACUUGUUAACAGCCUGUUGGCACAGUAAGGCAGUACUGCAGUGACCACAUAUCAAUUGCUGAAGUGAAUGCCACAAUUCCACGUAGGACCUUUUACACUAGAGUCACUAUAUCGAUGUUCAUUAUUAACAUAUAGCUUCUAAUCUCUGAAGAAAAUACAAGAAAAGUAAAUCACCAAAUUUAAAGUGAAUGCUGAAGUGUGUUGGACCACAAAGUUGGGAAGCUUGGAGAGUAGAGUCCGGUGCCACUGUAGUUUUUGGUUUAUUUGAUGAACUCCUGCCCACGACAGCCAGGUAGCCCAAGAGCCUAAUAAGCUUCUGCAAAUCGAGCGUCUGUUAUUACAUAUCACAACAAAUGCCAUCAAGCACCGUCAAAAUAAUAUCGAAACUUCCUUCCCAAGAAAUGGAAACAUUCGUCUUAAAGUACUAAUUGGACUUUAUAAUACUGCAUGUAUAAACUUAGGAGUUUUCAAGUAAAGUUUGCAGGAAAUUUUCACAAGCGAUGAUAAACUUAAGGAAUAACAAUCAAAAUAUCCUUCAAAAUGGAGUCCAGGGAAACUAGGAAAACAAUAUUAAUAACUUUGCAACAAUGAAACGUACACUUACCCUAGCCAAUGCUAAAAUUAUUUUGAUAAAAUUAUUCAUAAGACUACCCUAUGGUAAUAUGAUCUCAUUUUAUCACGCAAGAUGAAAUAAUUAUAUGCAAACCUGGCAUCUUAUAUUUUCAAAAUUAGGAAGUGUAAACUACAGAGAGAUGUCCGAUUGAAAUGUUAUAUGUAUGCAUUCUGAUCUGAAAUAUAACAAGCGAAUGCUGUUCAAAGAA